UUUCCUUUUUAUUGUUGUUACUAGUUACUAUUAUUUAUUAUUAUACUUAAUGAUGGUGAUGAUGAUGAUGAUAAUGACACUGAUGAUUUUUAACCGGAUUAAAAUCGAGUUUUUCUGAAUGUUCAUUAAGAAUUUCUCCGGCCUCCUGAUUGACUUUGGAGUUUUACAUCUUGGGAGAGAAAGUGAAGGCAUUAGCAUUUUUAAGUGGAUUGAUCACAUAAACCUUUUCUCUCCCAACCCUCCCCCCUUGCCCUUAUCCCCUUCCCCACGCUCGAAAGAAUUUUACUGGCUGUUAAGUCUGUGACCUUAUUUUUCCUGAUCUUUAACUUAACUGUUUUAGAGCAUCUCUGGACGUCUGUAUUUUUUAUUUUUUUAUUUUUGUUUUUUUUUAUUUUUAAUCUUUCAUUUGUUAAAUUUUUAAACUGUGCUGCAAUAAAAUGUGUGUGGUAUUACUUAACACCUAUGACGGUGAUGGCAUUUUCCCAGAAAGCCAUCCCCCUCCUGUUUCCCUUGAAAUCCCAUCCUGCUUUUCCUGUACACUACCCGUCACAAACCACAAGCUGCAGCAACACGGAUGCCCAGCCUGGAGCAGCAGCAGCCAGGAUGACCUGGAGCCAGGGGGGCCUUCGGAACAGAUGCACACCCUUCCUGGGUGAUGGUAAGAGUUUUUCAGCUUUGUGAGGCACCGUAUCAUCAAAGACAAUGGCCAGCAAUGUUACCAACAAGACGGAUCCUCGCUCCAUGAACUCUCGUGUAUUCAUUGGGAAUCUCAAUACCCUUGUGGUCAAGAAAUCUGACGUGGAAGCAAUCUUCUCAAAAUACGGCAAAAUCGUGGGUUGCUCUGUUCAUAAGGGCUUUGCCUUCGUUCAGUAUGUUAAUGAGAGAAAUGCCCGGGCUGCGGUGGCAGGAGAGGAUGGCAGAAUGAUUGCUGGCCAGGUUUUAGAUAUUAAUCUGGCUGCAGAGCCAAAAGUGAACCGAGGAAAAGCUGGUGUGAAACGAUCUGCAGCGGAGAUGUACGGGUCAGUACCAGAACACCCUUCUCCGUCCCCUCUACUCAGCUCUUCUUUUGACUUGGACUAUGACUUUCAACGGGAUUAUUACGACAGGAUGUACAGUUACCCAGCACGUGUUCCUCCUCCUCCUCCUAUUGCUCGGGCUGUAGUGCCCUCAAAACGCCAGCGUGUAUCAGGAAACACCUCACGAAGGGGCAAAAGUGGCUUCAAUUCUAAAAGUGGACAGCGGGGAUCUUCUUCUAAGUCUGGAAAGUUGAAAGGAGAUGACCUUCAGACCAUUAAGAAGGAGUUAACCCAGAUAAAACAAAAAGUGGAUUCUUUACUGGAAAGCCUGGAAAAAAUUGAAAAGGAGCAGAGCAAACAAGGAGUAGAGAUGAAGAAUGAUAAGUCAGAAGAGGAGCAGAGCAGCAGCUCCCUGAAGAAAGAUGAGACUAAUGUGAAGAUGGAGUCUGAGGGGGGUGCAGAUGACUCUGCUGAGGAGGGGGACCUACUGGAUGAUGAUGAUAAUGAAGAUCGGGGGGAUGACCAGCUGGAGUUGAUCAAGGAUGAUGAAAAAGAGGCUGAGGAAGGAGAGGAUGACAGAGACAGCGCCAAUGGCGAGGAUGACUCUUAAGCACAUAGCGGGGUUUAGAAAUCUUGUCCCAUUAUUUCUUUACCUAGGCGCUUGUCUAAGAUCAAAAUUUUCACCAGAUCCUCUCCCCUAGUAUCUUCAGCACAUGUUCACUGUUCUCCCCAUCCUUGUCCUUCCCAUGUUCAUUAAUUCAUAUUGCCCUGCGCCUAGUCCCAUUUUCACUUCCUUUGACCCUCCUAGUAGUUACGUUAAGUCUUACCCUGUAAUUUUUGCUUUUAAUUUUGAUACCUCUUUAUGACUUAACAAUAAAAAGGAUGUAUGGUUUUUAUCAACUGUCUCCAAAAUAAUCUCUUGUUAUACAGGGAGUACAGUUCUUUCCAUUCAUACAAUAGUUGCUUCCCUAACUACAAAGGCAGUCUCAUUAGUUGAGUAGAACCUGAGAGCAGCUUUGAGUUAGAGGUAUGUGUGUUAUACCCCACAUAAGAGUGCUAUGUGGGGCUGUUCAACACAAAUGUAACAAUGUAUUUUUGUGAAUGAGAGUUGGCAUGUUAAAUGCAUCCUCUAGAAAAAUAACUAGUGUAAUAGUCUUAAGAUUUGUUUUCUAAAGUUGAUACUGUGGGUUAUUUUUGUGAACAGCCUGAUGUUUGGGACCUUUUUUUCUCAAAAUAAACAAGACCUUAUUAAACCAGGAAUUUGGAGAAAAAAUAAAUACCCUGAUUUUUUUAUUUUUGUAUUUUAUAAUUGUUUACUUCAAAUUCUUUGUUUCACAGCAGCCUUCACAAAACCCCUAGAAUGUACUCGAUAUAUUUAUCUUUGAGUCAUAAUUAUUAUGCAUACCAACAUACACUUCAACUUAGGUUUCAUUGGGGUGGGUGUUGAAUCACAGAGACAAGUACUCGGAUUGAAGUGGAGAUUUGUUUGCAAAAAUGGCUUUUAAAGCCUAAUGAAAAAGUUUGGGAACUUCCUUAAGCCUUUUCGUCAAUGUUUUGUGAUCCAGUUGGCACCUUUUUUGAGAUUUUUGUUGUGUGCUGAAUUGUUUCAUCCUUAAGUAGAAGAGGUUCAAAUAUGUCAAGAGUGAAACAGCUGGAGAACGAAACUUGCUUUUCUUCCAUUUUGUUUUUUAAUUGCUGUUUAUAGUCCCAGUUAACCGAAUGGAUUCCGAGUCUGUGCCUGUCAGUCACAGACACUGACACUGCCCAAGUAGGUGUUUACUGAAAAUUGUAGAGCUCUCUUUUCCUGGUCUUCUGUAGUCUGUUCCUUCCUCAAAACUGCGAGGACAGAGUCACACAUUUAUUUUACUUUCAGUUAAUUCAGUCCAUUCAAGCUAAUUAUAGGCAUGGUACUAAUGAGCACCCAGACUUGGACUUAUUAAACCACUUUCAGGUUUGUGAUGCUUGCCUUGUCCUGAAAGGCCCUUUUUAUUUAUGUUUCAUGCUUCAGUUUUUCUGGCAAGACAGGACAAAAACAUGGUUAGUUUGGGCUGUUAAAACUUAUGCAAACCUUGGAUUCCCCAGAAAGUUGCUACUGUUUCAAAGGCAUUUAUAUACAACUUGGUAGGGACAGAAGUCAUGUCCUAUUUAUAAAGGUUCCAUAAAUCAUUUUAUAUAACAGGUGACAAAGUAGAAUAGAAGGGAAAGGCUGAACUGUGGUCUGCCCUUGUAUCUCAUAUCACUGUAUACAAGUAGGUUUUGUUAGAUACCUUGGUCAAAAAUACUUCUAACUACCUUGUUUUAUAUGUUCUCAUAUGUUACACAAACUCAGAAUUUAGCACAUAACUGAUGACAAGAAAAUAAACUAGAUCCUUAAAAGAAGGGUCAGAUUUCUAGGUCAAAGUUCUAAGAUGCUAAUAAAAGCUGUUUUGAGAUUGCUAGCCAUCAGUAUUUUAAAAUACUGAACCACUUAGCCCAGGCAUGGAAGUGUCUGUUUUUCAUUCCAUAUGAAACUAAAUAUUGAAAACCUAUGGAAAGCUCAAUACAAAGUAAAAUACAGUGUUGCAUUUGCUUGGAUAUAAAAUUUAGAAUAAUGGGUUUUUCCAGUAUACCAUGAAAUCUAAUACCCUUGAAGCUUUAGGGUACUUUGAUUUAGAAAUCAAUUUUUUAAAUGUACUUUUUCUGAGAACACAUAGCUGGCCUGUGACCACACUGACUGACCAUUGUUUAAUCGAUAAGUUGUGUCCACUUCUUGGCGACCCCAUGGACUGAUCACUGAUGAACUAAUUUUAUUUUCAGGAGAGAACCAAGACGCAUCAUUACUGACUAUAACCUGGGAGAAUGAAGGACUUAGCCACAUUAAAAAGUUCUGUACAGUUGACCUUUUUAUUUAAUAGGAGGAAAAUUCAGCUGCACCAGUAUAAAGUGGGGUUUGAAUUUUGGGACCCUAGUUAAGAUCACCUUGACCAAGAAAAUGCAUUUCAGUUGAAUUCAGAGGGGUCAAAGAAAAAGUAGUACCCUGAUUACUUGUAGAAACUAGUUAACAGGAGUAAGCAUGUGUGACAUAGAAAUGAGGGUGAUGAGUAAAUCUUAUAUAUAAUAAUGCAGAAUGGGGAUACUAAGUAACUUUAAAGAGUCUCACUUGCUUUAUCAGUGCUGUAACUCAGAAAACAGGUAUUUCUACUGUGAUGUUUGAAUAAUAAGGGACAUUAUGUUGGAGGAUAUUUAGUGUUUGGAGAAACAUUAAGGAUAAAGUAAAAAUCGGGUUAGUUAAACUGUAGAGAAAAGGCUAGGUAUAGAUGGCUACCUGACUGGAAUGGCAGAAUUCUAGAUGCUUAGAGAAGAGAUUAAAUUAGGGGUUUCGAAGUGUCCAAGUUAUUCUAAUUUUUUAUUAAUCAAAUUAAUCAAGGAGAAAGCCUCAAAACAGUAGCUGGUUGUGUCAGUAACUUUCAAGUUUAUUAAAAAAAAUUGUAGAACCCCAGUUAUGAAAAGCGGGACCUAUUUAGAGAGUGUUAAAGAAUUAAAAGUCCUAUUGUGAGCUAGAGUGGGACUCUUUCCCCCACCACUUGAAUUAAAACUACAAGGCAGGUUAGGAAGAGAGAAGGGAUAAUGUAAUGAGGAAUAUGCCAAAAAGACAAAACAAGUUAAUGGGAAGGAGUUGUAACCUAAGACAUACAGGGACUAAGAAGCUGCUGCCAAAAAAAAAAA